AUGGCUUCCGGACAGCUGAGAGGCAGACCUUUAAGCCUCGUCAUCGGACUGAUUGGUGCGGUUGGAUUUGUGCUGCAAGGCUACGACCAGGCAGUCUCGAAUGGACUCUUGACGUUGGGCUCAUUCAUUGCCGUCUUCCCUCAGAUCGACACUGUGCAUACCACGGGCAGCCAGAAAUCUCACAAUUCUACAAUCCAAGGAACAACUGUUGCCAUUUAUGAAGUGGGAUGUGCACUUGGGGCUGGCUCCUGUGCGUUUCUGGGUGACAGACUAGGUCGUCGCAAGACUAUAUUCCUGGCCGGUUGCAUCGCUUUGAUUGGUGUCGUCAUUCAGUCAACUCCCUUCGCACUCGGCCAGCUGAUCGCUGGCAGAGUCAUCACUGGUGGUUUCACCGCUACAAUUCCCAUGUAUGUUUCCGAGUCUUCUCUGGCAAAAGCCCGUGGAAAAAUGGUGUUACUCGAGGGGUGGUUUGCGAUCGGCGGAAUCGUGCUCGCAACCUGGUUGGAAUUCGGACUUUACUAUGUCGGCGACAACUCUGUCAGCUGGCGUUUUCCCAUUGCGUUCCAAGGUCUCUUCGCCCUGAUCGUCGUUGGCUGUAUCAUGUUGCUCCCCGAGUCCCCUCGCUGGCUGGCUCGCGCUGGACGAUUGGACGAGGCGGCUGAGGUACUAGCCCGGAUAGAAGAUAUGCCUGCAGACUCCGAGCAUGUUCUGCAAGAGAUGGAUAUCAUCCGCCAAUCACUUGUGAUGGACCAAAAUGCCGAGUCCUCCGGUUCCUCUUCGCCUUUCGCGCUCACUAAGAACCGACAUUUACACCGGACUAUUUUGGCCGUUGGUGUUAACAUCCUGGCUCAGAUGACUGGUGUUAACAUUAUCACCUUUUACUCUGAUACCAUUUUCGAGGGUGAUCUCGGAUAUUCGGGUACUAUCUCCCGAAUCACCACCGGAUGCCUGCAGAUCUGGCAGUUCUUGGCAGCCGGUUUGGCUGUUUUGCUCAUUGAUCGUGUUGGCCGUCGACCGCUCUUCAUCGCCGCCGCGAUUGGAAUGACCGUUGCCCAAGCUUGUCUUGCGGGACUUUCAAGCGACCUAGGGAACACGUCCGCCGCCGGAGCUUCCCUCUUGUUCUAUUUCAUGGCGCUGUUCUGCUUCCCUAUUGGUCUUUUCCUGGUGCCGUUCAUGUAUGCGGCGGAGAUCGCCCCACUGCGCACCCGUGCCCAAGUGACCGCCAUGUCGGCUGCAGCGAAUUGGCUCUUCAACUUCGUCCUGGCAGAGGUGAGCCCGGUUGGGUUCGCAACGAUCAGCUGGCGAUAUUACAUUAUAUACGCAUGCAUCAGCGCAUUUGCGUGCGUGUUCUUCUUUUUCUUCUGUCCUGAGACCAAGGGGCGCACGCUCGAGGAGAUUGAUGAUAUCUUUGUGCAGUCCAAGUCCGUGUUUGAUACGGUUCGGGUAGCUCGUCAAAUGCCUUUCCAGACGGAGAUUUUGGCUCAUAUCGACGAGACUGAAAAGGGAAUUGAAGAUAAACAACUUGAGCACGCUUGA